GGCGCGGGGGUGGAUACCACGUUGAUCUUGGUGCGCUGUCGAGCUCGCUGCGGCCGUCGACUUGCUGUGUCAGUACACGAGCUAGGCCUGUCGUCCCACCGCCACACGUAAGCGCAACCCCACUGACGUCGUCCAUGGCCGACACUGCAACGUCUCGUGAACGCGAGCCCAUCUUGAAACGGCCGCGCAAGCCGUCGAUUGGCCGUCGGCAGCUGGGAGUGCUGCCCGUGGCCAUGAUCACGUACUUUAACGUGAGCGGCGGUCCGUGGGGAAGUGAACCGAUCAUUUCGUCGUGCGGUCCGCUCGUUGGGAUCCUUGCCGUCAGCAUUUUCCCGUGGGUAUGGUGUCUGCCCACGGCUCUCCUCUUCGCAGAACUCUUCAGUGCGUUCCCCACCGAUAGCAGCUUUUGCACGUGGGUGGGGCUCGCAUUUGGCCGCCCCAUGGGUUUUCACGUUGGGUACUGGUCGUGGGUUGGUGGGGUUAUCGACAACGCCAUCUAUCCGUGCUUGAUCGUGGACUCGAUCUUCUCGAUCACGUCUGGCGGUAUUUUGGGCAGCGACGAGUACAGCAGCGCCAACACUGCAUUUGGGGUCAGGUUUGCCGCGCGCGUCGGGAUUGCCAUCCUCUUCAUGCUGCCCACCCUGUUCAGUAUCAAGAUCGUCGGUCGCACCAUGUUGGUGCUGGCUAUCAUCGUGGCAAUGCCGUUUCUGGUCAUGGUAGUCGUUGCAAUUCCUCAGGUGAAUCCGUCCAAUUGGCUCGUCGUCAGCGACGACCGAAAUUGGGUCAACUUGAUCAGCGUCUUGUACUGGAACUACAGCGGGUUUGACGCGGCGGGGGCGUAUGCCGGUGAGAUCGCCGACCCGAAGCGAACAUAUCCCCGUGCGAUGGUGCUCACGGUGGUCCUGAUCGCGCUCACGUACCUUAUUCCAUUCGUGGCCAUCACGGGCGUAAACAAACCAGACUAUACGACGUGGGUGGAUGGCUCGUAUACGUCGAUUGCGCUGGGCGUAGGCGGCAUGUGGCUCUGCGGCUGGGUCGUCGUUUCCAACUUGUUUGGGAAUUUGGGCCUUUACAUGGCCGAGAUGACGAAGGACGGGUUUCAACUGGCAGGCAUGGCCGACUCGGGCCUCGCGCCAUCGUGUUUUUCAGUACGCGAUUCCAACACGGGGACCCCACGGCGAUCGAUCUUUUUAUCGUUCGCGAUCAUCGUGUUCAUGUGUUUGUUCGACUUUGACACGAUCUUGGGCGUGGAUAACUUUUGUUCGGCCCUCUCGAGCGUCGUCGAAAUCGGCGCCGCCGUCCGUCUCCGCUACACGCAUCCCGAAAUCGACCGUCCUUUCAAAGUUGGACUGUCGGAUGGCCGGUUGACCAUGGCGAUGGUCGUCCCGUUUCUUGUGGGGGUCUACAUCGUCGGCAACGAGCUCCUGAUCAACACGACCACGAUGGUGCUGUGCUCCGUCACGCUCGCGAUUGGAGUCGUCCUCCAGCGAUGCUUGGAUGGCACCAAGUCAAGCAAUUCCAACUUCUUGCUCGCGGUCUAGUGCUAAGAAUCCGACUGCCCAUUGAAUACACGAUGCGUGCGGGAGUCGACAGUCGCGUGAAUACAUUGUGUCGACUUAUUCCGCAAUGUCCAUAAGCCCGAUCAAAUCGGCCACUUCGUCGUCGGUGAAGCCAGGGGCCGAUGGCACUUGGGCUUUUCGCCAAGUCACCAAAUCGAUCGGACCUUUGACGGCGCACACGAUGCGGUUCACGUCUUGCUCGGACGCCUUCAACUCGACCACGCACUCGUUCGACCCAAAGAGACGGCGGAGGCUUGCUACAAUCGACUUGUACUUUUCGGACGACCGGCAAGCCACAUUGACAAGGAACAUGCCGUUCUCGCUGAGCGCUGCGUGGACGGACUAUAGACAGAGUUGAAUCGGAGUGUGUACGGUCGGCAUUCCUUACGGCCAGGGUAGCAUCCGAAAUGAAGUCCAAAGGGGGGGCUGCCAGGCCAAC